CGCUCUCCACCACGUGAUAACCCGUAACCACUCACUGCCCGGUGCUGUGGACGCGCAUUGGCUCGUGGCCGCGCACGUAUGGUUCGAAUAAUUUAACCGGGAACGAGUACGUGCGCGCCCUCGUAUUCUUUGUGUGGCAGCGUAGAGAAGCGCCAAAAGAGUGACCAUGGCUGAUGAAAAACCAAAGGAAGGAGUCAAGACGGAAAGCAACGAACACAUAAACCUGAAGGUAGCGGGUCAAGAUGGAUCUGUAGUGCAGUUUAAGAUCAAAAGACACACGCCGCUCAUCAAACUCAUGAGAGCCUACUGCGAGAGACAGGGACUUGCAAUGAGGCAAAUCAGGUUCAGAUUUGAUGGACAGCCUAUAAAUGAAACAGACACACCAGCACAGUUGGAAAUGGAAGAUGAAGAUACAAUUGACGUGUUUCAACAACAGACGGGAGGCCUGAUUUAAUUGACUACAUGCAUCACCAUUUUCCUUCUUAAUACAACAAACCUUCCCAGCCUGUAAUCCACAGCGGCUGCUUCUUUGCCACAUGACCUAUUGUCUCAACAGAAUUCCACGCAGAAGGAGUCAUCAUUUCUCUGCUACACAUAACUGCUGUAUAGUAUUAUCGCUCUUGCCCAUGUUACGUUUCUUUUUUUGUACAUAAGCCACAUCCAGAUCACCCUGAAUUCAGGUUUUGUUCAUUCAUGCUGUAUUUGUGGUCAGUGUUAAGGACUUUCCUUCCUACUUUGGAGGGCUUCCUCUGAGGUUGCAGACAGAUAGGGCAGGUCAUAAGAGUGGGAAUUAAUAAAACUGACUUAACUGAUCAAAUGCUGUGGCGCUAGGCUUGGUCAGCGUCCAGCAAAUCUGUUCUUUCACCGUGCUACACUGCUCAGAAAAAUUUAAGGAAUGCUUUUUUAUUGGGUAUGGCAUGAGGACAGUUGAACCUGUCUGAUAAUGAUCCGGUCGGUUAAGUAGCAGAGGGCGCUGUUAAUCAGUUUCAGUUUGUAUCGGUGUUGAUGGAAUUAACAACAGGGGAACUAGAGUGGCAACAAUGAGAAAACCUCGAAAACGGGAUUGGUUUUGCAUGUGGAGGUCAUUUCAAGUUUCUCCCUCUGGUUUUCCACUAGUGCUGGUUUUGGACGGAAUCAUUAUCACUACUUUCUGUAUGAGGCGAUUCUGUAACCCUACAGAAGUUGCACAGGUUGUCCAACUCCUCCAGGAUGGCACAUCCACACGUGCAGUAGCAAGAUUUACAAGAUUUAAUGUGACUCCCAGCACAAACUCCAGAACACGGAGGAGAUUUCAGGAGAUGGGCAGUUAUUCUAGGAGAGCUGGACAGGGCCGUAGAAGGUCCUCAGGCCAUCAGCAGGACCGAUAUCGGAUCCUUUGUGCAAGGAGGAACAGGUUGAACACUGCCCGUGCCCUACAGAAUGACCUCCAGCAGGCCACUGGUGUGAGUGUCUCUGCCCAAACAAUCAGAAACCGACUUCAUGAGGGUGGCCUGAAGGCGUGACGUCCUGUAGUGGGUCCUGUGCUCACCAAACCAGCACCAUGGAGCUCGAUUGGCAUUUGCUAGCGAACACCAGAAUUGGCAAGUCCACCACUGGUGCCCUGUUCUUUUCACAGAGGAGAGAAGGUUCACCCUGAGCACCUGUGAUAGACGUGAAAGAGUCUGGAGAAGACAAGGAGAACGCUAUGCUGCCUGCAACAUUGUUCAGCAUGACAGGUUUGGUGGUGGGUCAGUGAUGGUCUGGUGAGGCAUAUCCAUGGAGGGACGCACAGACCUCUACUGGCUAGAAAAUGGCAGUCUGGCUGCCAUUAGGUAUCAGGAUGAAAUUCUUGAACCCAUUGUCAGACCCUACGCUGGUGCAGUAGGUCCUGGGUUCCUCCUGAUGCACAACAAUGCCCAGCCUCAUGUGGCAAGAGUAUGCAGGCAGUAACUGGAGGAUGAAGGAAUUGAUCCAAUUGAAUGGCCCUCACGAUCAGCUGACUUAAACCCGAUAGAACACCUCUGGGACAUUAUGUUUUGGGCCAUCAGGCGCCACCAGGUUGCUCCUCAGACUUUACAGGAGCUGGAGGACGCCCUUACACAGAUCUGGGAGCAUAUCCAACAAGAUACCAUCCCUCAUCUCAUUAGGAGCAUGUCGAGACAUUGUCGAGCAUGCAUACAAGCACGCGGGGGGCCACACAAGAUAUUAAGAGGCAUUUUGAGUUGCAGAAAUUAAAUUUUGGCAAAAUGGACUAGCCUGCCACAUCAUUAUUUCACUUUGAUUUUCGGGGUGUCUGUACAAUUAAGCCCUCUGUUGGCCGAAAAACAUUUAUUUCCUAAGACAUUGCCCUGUCCACAUCUGUAUAGAUCUCCAACGUAAUUUUUUUUUCAUAUUGAGAUCUGAUGUGUUUUCAAAGUGUUCCUUUAAUUUUUUUGAGCAGUGUGUAUUGGGACUGGCUAUCACUUAGCGAAUCAUAUACCCAGCUUGGGAAUGGGGCUGGAUUAUCACUUGUUUUUCUGUUGUCAUCAGAAAAAAAAAAUUGAUUUUAUACAUUUUUAUAUGGUAGUGGAUGUGUAGAGAAAUGUUUUGAUUAGUCAUCUGACUAGGCCGAGCUUCAAAUUUUGGGAAGCCUGAAGAGAUAUUCCAGUUAAAUAAACAACUGUACUGUCUAUUAAGAUGCCUGGUAAAAUAAAGCUAUUGUCUUUUUCAAACUACCAUUAAUUUU